CUACCCAAAGGUGUCCUGUGCUUGCAGCAAGUCCGCAGAGCAGGACCUGUAUUUAAAUGCUUGUCUUAUCAGUUGUGUCCAUGUAGACUGGACAGGAAGGCACCAUCGAUCCAAAGCCAAUGGCAGGCUGAGUCAGCUAAUUCUAGUUUUUCACCCCCUCCCUGACAACCAAUGCCACCCAGGGCCAGCCCAAGACGUUUAGGCACCUGAGGCAAACCACAAAAUGGCGUCCCUCUCCUGUCAGGGAAGAAGGGGUGAGUGAAGAUCUACAUCGGGAACAAGUGGUGAAAUAAAGAUCCACAUUGAGAUCUGCUUUCCCUAUGGAUCCUGCUGCCCAAGGCAGUUGCCUAAUGGGUGGGCCGGCCCUGGUGCCAUCCCCUGGACUGGUUGCAUGUAAGGAGAAAGUCAGGUGAGGGCUGGCUGAGGGAUGACAGAGGUUGUUGCGGCAGUGCCCCAUUUUUCCUGAUGGACCAGCCUCCACUGCAUCUGACCCUUCUGUCACCGCCUGCUCAACCCACAUUCUCAGCUCUCCAAUUUUACCACGUCUGUCAGCCUUUGGAGAACUAAGAAAAAGGAGUGACCUCUGCUUUACGAAGAGUUUCUGGGUAAUAUACUGGUCACCAUUCUAGGAUGCAUUGCUUGACCAGACUGGUAGUGGUAAGGGGGAAGCUGGAAUAGGGAGAGAAGGAGAAAAGAGGCCUUUUCUACAACUUGUAUCUCAGAGCUAUCACCAGAGGCAGAGAUCUGCAUUCGUCACCAGCCACAGCAAUUUAUGUACAGAUUGCAUUCAUAACAAUUUGACGGGUAGAAUUUAAAACUGUACAAGUUAAGGCUCAGGGAGCCCCUCUAGCGGCCAUUCCGUUAAUGGCACCUGAGGGGCUGAUCAGAAGUCACAGCCAAGCUUCCUUCAAUAUGCUCUCUGACUGAUGCUGAAAGUGCACCUUUAAAGGGGGUGAUUAUAACCACCAAUCAGGCGACCAGCAGUUGCGGCAGUCUCCUUUAAAUUCUGUCGGGUAUCAAUCACUCGAUGUUAUUAGGAUGUCAGGGGAUUGAUAAGUAUGUGGUCUUUUUCACUUGCUGGGAUCUAAGAUCCCCGGCAUUGCCAACUGAGGUGGAUGCCAGCUUUGGCCACCCAACCAACUUAUGUAUCUCUGGCCGCUAGCUCAGUAUUUUGUGUUGUUGGGUGGGUUGUUUGUUUGUUUUUUUGGCAAAAAAUGAAGUGCUGGUAUACAUAUAUCCUAACUGAAGUGCUGUGGGUGCGACCAGAAAAUGGUUGCAUUAGGCAGCAAAAGAAAGAGGUGAUGGCUGUUUGGUAAGUACCAUCACAAAAAAUGCAAGGCGCUAGUUUAUCUGGCAGUGGCAGAAAGGUCCGUCAAACCACAUAUACAGUGGUACCUCUGGAUGCGAACGGGAUCCAUUCCGGAGCCCCGUCCGCUUCCUGAGGCAAACACAACCCGCACGUGUGCGAUUCGCCGCUUCCCCGCAUGCGUGUGACGUCAUUUUGAGCGUCAGCGCAUGCGCGAGAGGCGAAAUCCGAAAGUAACGCGCUCCGUUACUUCCAGGUCGCCGCAGAGUGCAACCCGAAAAGGCUUAACCUGAAGUGACUUCAACCCGAAGUAUGACUGUACUGUAGUUGGUAUGUGGUUUAGGAUAAUAUUAUAUCAUCUGACAAUUUUAAAUCCUCCCCCAAAGUAGUAUUUAUCCAUCUUAAUACUUUCCUCCAAAAAUUUGUAAGCUAAAUGUUGGAUAUUGCAUAAAUAUGUAUUUCAAAGAAGCAUUUUCCUGCAGCAGCGUAUUGUCAUAGUUAGUCCCUUUCUGCGCAAACAUAGCAGAGUCUGAGUUCGAACCGAUGUUGAACAUACAUCACUACCACACUGGGUUAUGAUUUCAAAGUUAAACUCCAGUUGAUGAUUUAUUUUAUUAACUUUUAUCUUUCUCUCUCUCCCCCUUUCUUUCUCCUUAAAGGGAGCUGCCUCCGCCAUACACAGCUCAUCACCAUGACAACCUUGAUGUUGCAUUCCAUUAUUCUGCUCCUGAUUUUUUCAGUAGGUAAGAGUUUGUUAAGGGAAGAAAGCCUGCCCAUUUAGCCCAGUGCUGUCCACUCUGUGUGGGAGAAAUCCUCAAGGGUCUCAGGCAGGCAGAGAGAAGCUUCAGUCAAUCUUGCAUUGCAGGGAGAUGGAUUAGCUGGGUCCCUUCCAGCUCUACAAUUCCAUGAUUCUAUGAAUCAAUCAAUCAGUCGACGUGCAAAGCAGAGGCUCUGUGGCUGAUGUACAGCCCUUCCCCUGCUCGGGAGCUGUUUGGGAGCCAAGGUUUGACUGUAUUUAUUUUAACUGAUUUGCCACUUUUUUCAACAAAAGAGAAGCAACUUGCGAAAGGUUCAAAUAUGUAAAUGUGACCUCUUGCAAAUAAAUCUGUUAAAAAACAACACUAAAAGUGUUCUUCCACAAUGAUCAGUUAACAAGAAAAAAACAAACAUUUUUUUCGUUAUCCAACGAAAAGAUGAACGGUACCAUAACGCAUCUUAAAGCUUAAAUCUUGUUCUUCAUCUUGGGCAAAAAAUAUACUGGGGUACUUUUGCAAUGGCGUGAUAUAAGCAUUUUUAAAAAACCCUACACCCUGGGAUGCUGGGGAAACCCAGCCAGAUAGGCAGGGUAUGUAUGUAUGUAUGUAUGUAUAAAUACAUACAUACAUACAUACAUACAUACAUACAUACAUACAUACUGAGCUCAGGCUGGCCUGUAUGCCUGCACUGUGCAUUGAAAGCUGCUUGGCCAAAGUGUUUUUCAGCCUUGUGUAUCCCAGAUGUUAUUGGAUUACAGCUCCCAUUAUCCCUGACUAAUGGCUAAACUGGCUGGAGAUGAUUUGAGCUGUAGUCCAACAACAUCUGGGGAACCAAGGUUGAAGAACACAGGACUACACUAAGAAACAGUAGCUCUCCAAGAUUUCAGACUAGCAGGUCCAUUCAUUUCAAGGGGUGCCUGUCCAAGAUCUAAGUGGAGAUUCCAGGGAUUAAACCUGGGACCUUCUGCAUGCAAGGCAGAUGCUCUGAAGGAGCGUCUCCACCCCCAUCGUUCUGUCCAGACACCGAGGUCCAGCUCCGAGGUCCUUCUGGCGGUUCCCUCACUGUGAGAAGUGAGGUUACAGGGAACCAGGCAGAGGGCCUUCUCGGUAGUGGCACCUGCCCUGUGCAACACCCUCUCAUCAGAUGUCAAGGAAAUAAGCAACUAUCUGACUUUUAGAAGACAUCUGGAGGCAGCCCUGUUUAGGGAAGUUUGUAAUGUUUGAUGUUUUAUCAUGUUUUUAAUAUUCUGUUGGGAGCCGCCCAGAGUGGCUGGGCAAGCUCAGUCAGAUGGGCAGGGUAUAAAUAAUAAAUUAUUUUUAUUUUUAUGCUCUACUACUGAGCUAUGGACCUUCUCUGAAGAGAAGUGUGCUUGGAACAGUUCAAUGAGAACUGACCGAAGGAGGAUGUGCUUGGGUUCAUUCCAUCCCAGCCUGCUGGCUGCCGCCCUUCCCUUGCCAUUCUAUGGCCAAGUGGUGGAAGGAGCCCUGUUUGUCUUGGUCCUCCAGGUUCUAUGUCCAGGUGCUGGUGGCAGCUCCUCCAACCCAUAUCCCGAAGUCCACUUGCAUACGCCGAGGUCUCUGCAUCCUGACCUCUGCAGCGACCUGGAUGGUGCGCAUGCUUUUCAGCGUCACAUGCCACCGCACAUCUUUAUUGGCAUAAAAAUGCUGCCUCGUUUUCCCACCCCUUCUUUCAUAGACCAACACCCGAGAGCGACUCCCUUUUUCCAUGUAAUGAGAUGCUGGGGGGAGGCUGGGUUGAGGAACACACCCAACGUGUGCGUUCUAGCCAUGCUGCUAGCUGUCCUGUUAAAUGUGCUUUGCCUUUAUAAAAUUCAUUAUGCUUUCAAAAACAAAACAAAAAACCCAAGCACAGACGCCAACAGCACAAGUAAGCCAUAAAAACUGAAAGUGUUUUGAUUCUGAACAAGAUAAAUAACAUGAUGCAGUGGAGUCUACACGAAGAAACACACAACUGGGCGUGUUUUUAGAUGUUUAGAUAGGACCGCAAAGGUUUAAUUGAUUUAUUCGCGUGACGAUCGCUUAAUCUUUAAUUGCAGAUUAAAAUUCCUCCCCCCAGUUAGUCCGCCAUAGAGGGACUUCUGCUGCACAAGAUGCACAGAUUAGUUUGGUUCCUUCUCCCCAUCCUCUGCCACCCUGCAUCAGAUUUUAAUAGGACCCCCCCCCCAAUGUUUUUUAAAGAUAGCUUUUCCAAACCGGUUACAUUCAGAACUAUGGUGACACCCACAGCACACACUUCAAGCACUCUAAUAUCACUUUAACGUUAAUAUUGGGAACUGUAGUUUGUUAAGCAUGGUGGGCAUUGCAGGUCCUAAGCACUGAAAAUAUUAGGGUGUCCCCUCAUGUAAUUCAAAACGAGAACACUACUAAACCACAGGAUAAAAUGUCCUUUUUUUGAAUUGAGAAUGAAAAAGUGGGAAGGAGUGUGUAGUGGAAUGUAAGAAAGUCUAACAAAGUUCUGUUUCCCCCAGCCAUGAUGACUAGAAUCAUAGAGUUGGAAGGGACCAUGAGGGUCAUCUAGUCCAGCCCCCUGCAAUGCAGGAAUCUUUUGCCCAACAUGGGACUUGAACCUAUGACCUUGAGAUUCAGAGCCUCAUGCUCUACCAACUGAGCUAUCCCAUGAUGGCUACUUGGAUGCUUAAAAUUUUUAUAUAUAUAUAUAUAUGUAUAGGUAUAUAUUAUAUGUAUAUAUAUUAUCUGUGUCAAAUACUUUUUUAAAAAUAUUUUUUGGUGUGUGCCUGUGUCUAUUGGGUAAUCCAACACUGUUCUAAGAACUCUGGAGAAAUCUGCAGGGAUUUAUCUACACAUCAUUAUGCUAAUGGACCUUUCCUUUUCCUUUUCUAGUCCUGGCACAGGGCAGAAAGAAACCCAAAGGCUACCCAUGUCCACCACAUUCUCAGCCUUGGCAGGCUGCCAUCUACAAAUACUCCCGUUUCUACUGUGGAGCAACCCUUCUCAACCAAAGAUGGGUCCUUACCGCUGCUCACUGCAACCAUGGGUAGGUGUGUCUGUGUGAUCAUGUCUCCCUCUCUCUGUGUGUUGGCUCAGCAUGGGAAAUGCAGGUAUCAUGGAAUAUGUGGUGAACUAGUAUUUAUUUGUUAAAAUUCUAGACCGCCCUUCAACUGAGGAUCAUAGGGCAGUUUACAACAGAAAAACACCAAAACACAUACCAUAGCAACAAACAAUAACAAUAAACCACGCACAGUCUAAAAGACCAUAGUUUGUUUAAUUAGCCAAAGGAGAAGAGGAAUGUGUUUUGCCUAGUGCCUAAAGAUAUGUAACAAGGGCACCAGGCGAGCCUCCCAGGAGAGUAUUUCACAAUUGAGGAGCCACUGCAGAAAAGGCCUGUUCUCGUGUUGCUGACCUCUGGACCUCUCAUGGAGGAGGCACAUGAAGAAGGGCCUCUGAUCAUUAUUGCAGGGUCCAGGGGCAUAUGGGGAGAGGGGUCCUUGAGGUAUUGUGACACUGAGCUGUUUAAGGCUUUCUAGGACAAAACCAGGACUUUGAAUUGGGCAUUCCAACCUCUGCUUAAUGAAGGAGAGUCCACAGCCUCCUGAGGGAGACUGUUCCAUUGUCAAACAGCUCUUACUCUCGGAAAGUUUUUUACUGAUGUUUAGUCUUGUAACUUGAAUCCAUUAGUUUGGGUCCUACCCUCCAGAGAAGAAGAAAACAAGCUUGUUCCCUUUUUCACGCGAGAGCCCUUGAAAUAUUUGAAGAUGGUUAUCCUCUCUCCUCUCAGCCUCCUCUUUUCCAGCCUAAACAUACCUAGCUCCUUCAACUGCUCCUCAUAAGGCUUGGUUAUUGUUGGUGUGCAAGUGGCCUUGUUGUUGCUUAGUUGUUUAGUCGUGUCCGACUCUUUGUGACCCCAUGGACCAGAGCACACCAGGCACUUCUGUCUUCCACUGCCUCCCGCCGUUAGGUCAAACUCAUGCUGGUAGCUUCGAGAACACUAUCCAACCAUCUUGUCCUCUGUCGUCCCCUUCUCCUUGUGCCCUCCAUCUUUCCCAACAUCAGGGUCUUUUCCAGGGAGUCUUCUCUUCUCAUGAGGUGGCCAGAGUAUUGGAGCCUCAGCUUCACGAUCUGUCCUUCCAGUGAAUACUCAGGGCUGAUUUCUUAAAGAAUGGAUAGGUUUGUUCUUCUUGCAGUCCAUGGGACUCUCAAGAGUCUCCUCCAGCACCAUAAUUCAAAAGCAUCAAUUCUUCGGCGAUCAGCCUUCUUUAUGGUCCAGCUCUCACUUCCAUACAUCACUACUGGGAAAACCAUAGCUUUUACUAUACGGACCUUUGUUGGCAAGCUGAUGUCUCUACUUUUUAAGAUGCUGUCUUAAAAAGUGGCCUUACCUACUCAUUAUUUAUCUGUUCUUUCCUUUACAGAAGCAUCCAUGUCCGGCUUGGAGAUGACAAUCUGAACGUCCUGGAGGGCACAGAACAGUUCUUGGCAGUGGCAAAAACAAUCGUCCACCCCAAAUACAACCAGUCGUGCUAUGACAAUGACGUCAUGCUGGUCAAACUGUUGAGCCCAGCUGUACUUAACCAUUAUGUGCAGCCCAUAAGUCUGGCUACCCAGAGGGCAAGCUCUGGGGAUAUGUGCAUGGUGUCAGGAUGGGGCGGUCCUAUCAAUUUCCCAGGUAUGUAAAUGAUUCUGUCCCAGGAAAGGCCUGACAGUAUCAACCUCAACCAUACCAUGCCCACAGAUAAAAGAACUAAAGCUUCUGAAACGAACAUCCAAAAUAGUGAAGGCAUCUGAAGGAGCUGUAGAAAGGACAAUGCUCUCCCAGUAAGGGCGGUGCUAUCUUGAUUUAUGGCGUAGCUCUCCAUAUAUAUACAGUCAUACCUCGGAAGUUGGACGGAAUCCCUUCCGGAAGUCUGUUCAACUUCCAAAACAUUCAGAAACCAAAGUACAGCUUCUGAUUGGCUGCAGGAAGCUCCUGUAGCCAAUCGGAAGCUGCGGAAGCCCUGUUGGACUUUUGGGUUCCAAAGAACGUUCGCAAACCGGAACACUCAUUUCUGGGUUUGCUGUGUUUGGGAGCCAAGGUACGACUGUAUGUUGAAACUACCAGGGAACCAAUUUUACAGCUUUUAGCACAGUGAAGUCCUACUAUAGGGGAUCAGGUUGCAGGUGGGAAAUUAAAUUCUUAAUGUCUUCCUUCCCUGCAUUAAAAACUCAACCCCCCCUAAAAAAUCCCACAAAUUCAGUGAGAUUAGUUGUUUGCUUAGGUCUCCCUUUCUACUUGAUGCAUUUGUUUUGUUUUGUUUAACUUACACAGAGAUUUGUAAAUGGGAGAACAGUAAAAAUGAGAACACCUCCCCGCUCGGGACAGAAGAGAAAUUAAGUUUGGUUCACAUUUUAAAGCAAACUUACCUAAUUGGCUAGCCUUCAAAGUUUGCACUUCACCAAAAUUUUUGAUGACCAAGCCCUCACCAAUGUGUAUAUUAGAAGAAAGUGUUCAUAAAAAUGCCUACAUUUGUGAGAAUGUAAAAAACAUGUAUGAUUUAGGGAAACUUGUUUGCAACCUUAGAUAAAGGUAAAAAAGGUAAAGACGUUUAAAAAAGAGCGGAGAAACAGAACGCUUCUUUUGGCAUCCUAUCUUCUUGAAGCAUGUAAAUGUAAUGAACUAUAAGUAAAACCAUAGGGACGCCGGUGGCGCUGUGGUCUAAACCACAGAGCCUAGGACUUGCUGAUCAGAAGGUUGGCAGUUUGAACCCCUGCGACGGGGUGAGCUCCCGUUGCUCGGUCCCUUCUCCUGCCAACCUAGCAAUUCGAAAGCACGUCAAAGGGCAAGUAGAUAAAUAGGUACCACGCCAGCGGGAAGGUAAACGGCAUUUCCGUGCGCUGCUCUGGUUCGACAGAAGUGACUUAGUCAUGCUGGCCACGACCCGGAAACUGUAUGCCAGCUCCCUCGGCCAGUAAAGCGAGAUGAGCGCCGCAACCCCAGAGUCGUCCGCGACUGGACUUAGCAGUCAGGGGUCCCUUUACCUUUACCUUUAUGAGUAAAACCAAUCUUUCUCAAGAUCCCAAACAACUUCUUGUUCUUGCCUCCAGGGACAGCUCAGUCAGCAGAGCAUGAGACUCUUAAGCCCAGGGUCAUGGUUUUGAGCCCCACGUUUUGGGUAAAAGAUUCCUGCUUUGCGGGGGGGGUUAGAUGACACUUAUGGCCCCUUCCAACUCUACAAUUCUUCUUCUUUCUUUAGAGCGAAUUCCUCUGAUCCUUUACUGUGCAAAUGUCAGGAUAAUGUCUUUGGAGGAGUGCGCUGCCCUGUAUCCUGGGAAGCUGAACUCCGAUAUGACGUGUGCUGCUGCGAUGGGAGGAGGCACUGACUCCUGUGAAGUAAGGACCUUUUGUUGGAACAUCACAAGUGCCUUGCAGAACCAGAUAACACAUCCCUGUAAAGUGGAUUAGGCUGAGAUAUAAGCCCUGUUCGGACAUUCGAUGCCCAUGGAUACUGAACAUGCGAUGAGGCUCUCCAGUAGGCACCCAACUAGCCAGAGGCCCUGGGCUCCUUAGGUUGGAAGGGCAGGAUAGAAAUUUGAUAAACAAAUAGAUGCAAAUAUAUGCAUCGGCCAAGCCCCACGGCCAACGUGCAGUUGCGAUCACUCUGUAGGGGGCCUGUGCAUGGCUGGAUGUAUAUAUUUAAGGGUCCCCUCUAUAGGAAUGUGAACACCUGUUCCCAUGGAAAGAGCCCUAUGUGCUCAAACCUGUAUGCACAUAGCCCCCUACAGUGUGACGCCAAUUGCACAUUGGCUGGGGACUUGGCCAAUGCAUAUGUUAACAUGUAUUUGCAUUUGUUUGUUUUGUUUAUCAAAUUUCUAUCCUGCCCUUCCAACCAAAGGAGCCCAGGGCCUCUGGCUAGUUGGGUGCCCCUAACAGGAAAGAGCAAUGGUCCCAACAACAUUCAGUUCAAUCCAUGGUCAGUUCAAUCCAUUUUGGAACUUAAGUUGGCUGAUAAACUAAAAAGUCUUGUUGUUGUUGUUGUUUAGUCGUUUAGUCGUGUCCGACUCUUCGUGACCCCAUGGACCAGAGCACGCCAGGCACUCCUAUCUUCCACUGCCUCCCGCAGUUUGGUCAGACUCAUGUUUGUGGCUUCGAGAACACUGUCCAACCAAGUCUUAACAUCCAACUAAUCUGAUUUUGCUGGGUUUUGGAUGAGAUUUUGCUAUUGUUGUGUUUUUGCCCUUUCAGCUCUACCUAGAUUUAAAGUACAUCAGUGUAGUUCAAUAUUCACUAUUCAGUGUCACUGUGUUCUGUGUAAUGUGUGCCAAAAAGUUCAAACUCUGCCCCAGAAGAGAGGCUACCGAACUUGUUGCUGGACUCCAGCUCCAUCCUCCUGGCCAUGGGCUAUGCUAGCUAAGGCUGUAGUUGGGAAUCCCACAACAUUUAGAGCCUUGGGUUCUUCAGCCAUGCUAUAUAUUGUGGAAACCCAAGAUCUGUGGCCACAGUGAAUUAUGAAAAAUGAUGCAAUCUAAUUAUGUGCAUAGGUAAGGGUUGAUUCAUCUACAGUAUUGGGUAUUUUAAAUGUCUAAAGUCAGUGGAUUUUUUUGGUUAAAGAAAAAAAACCCAACAAAAAGCUGAGAAGCUAGUACUCAAAAUGGCUGCCACAGGUAGCAAAAUAACAACAACAACAACAACAACAACAAUAAUAUUAAUAAGAGAGAGAGAAAGAAGUGGCAGUAUUUUGUGCCACUGAGUACCAUCACACACAUUCAAAAGCACUGCUUCACGCCAGUGUGACCCAAUAUAUCCAGUGGAUUUUGGUGUGCUGAGCUUAUCUUGCAAAAUGGUUUAAUGCCGCUCGUAACGUCUGACAGCCAGCAAUUUCAUAAAUGGGUGCUGUUUCCGCCCACCCGCUGCCCUGCCCUCGUCUGUCUUGAUGACUGGCAUUUUCCUAAUGGCAAAUAAUAAACACCCACAGGUUCUUUUGAACACUGGAAAGGUCAGCUGGAGAGGUCUGGAGGACUGUGUUUGGAUGCCAGGCCUGAGGCUCACUUUCCCUGACCUAUGGACUAUGUUCCUAUGCACUUACCUGGGAAUUGCAUCUCCUUGAACUUAGUGAGACUUCCUUCCAUGCAAACGAGCCAAUUCCUCGGGGCCAAGGUCCCUUCACCCCUCCCAAUAAAAUAUUGGAGGGGGCCACCUCCCCGAGUUGCCAUUCAAAUUGGGUGUGCGUGCUGCAUCUUGUGCUCAAUUAUGUGGGGCAGGAGUUUCCUGCUCCCCUUGUUAUAUUCAAGUUGUCACCCCUGCUUCCAUGUGAAGAUGCAUAGGAAAGGGUGACAUUCUUCAGCCUUGGGUCCCCAGAUGUCGUUGGACUACAACUCCAAUCAUCCAUCAUUAUUGAUUAAGAUGGCUGGGGAUGAUGGGAUUUGUAGUCCAGUAACACCUGGGAACCCAAGAAUGCUGGGAUAGGGAAACAUAUUUGUAUAUGACUAGUACAGCACUGGCAUUGCUUUUAGAUGUUUUAUCACUUGUGUGUUUAAUACCCUGGGCUCCUUUGGGAGGAAAGAGUAGGACUGCCAUAUUUCAAAAAGUAGCAACCAAGACACCUCCCAAAACCCAUGAUUUUUCAAUUGACUUGUCUAAGAUCCAGGAUAUAUUGCCGCCUUUCAGAAAUCCCCCCCCAGAUGUCAAUUCCGCCUUUGCAAUUCUGGUAACGUUCUGGACGUAUGGCAGCCCUAGGAAGGAGGGGAUCUAGAUUUAGUAAUAAUCAGAACAACCCUUCCUGGGUUAAAGAGAUGUCUCUCUUGGUUGUCAAUACAGGGUGACUCCGGGGGACCCCUUGUCUGCAACGGGAAGCUCCAUGGUCUGGUGUCUUGGGGUGACGUGCCCUGCAGCUCCAGCACCAAACCCGGGGUCUACAUGGACAUUUCCAGAUACAGAGACUGGAUCAUUGAGACCAUGUGUGAUGACGACUGACUCGUUGUGGGGAAAUCAGACCCUCCCCCCUCCUGAUUUUGUUGAGAUCCCAGAAUAAACCAUGAGGAACCCAUGUUUCCUUCCUGCCCUCCA